AUGGCUGGUAAUGUAGCAGCUAAUGAUGAUGAUGCGCCUUCGUUUUACUCCACGGAGCGCAACACAAACUCCUCUGUUUCCGAUUCAAGCUCAAGGCAACUUCUGAAGACCGUUAGUGACGUCAGGAAACUAGCCAUUGGAGACGAGAUUCCAGCUCACGAAUCCUUGAGCCGGGACGACAAAGAUGAUCUCAUGCGUCCUGUUCCUUUCGUUCUCUCUUUCGACAACCUCAGUUACAGUGUCUCUGUUCCCCGGAAACUAGAGUUUCGUAAUCUCUUUCCACGGCGCAAAAGCGAUGAUCCCGAGAAAGCUCAGAACGAAAAGCCGAAUACGAAAACCCUACUCGAUAACAUCUCCGGCAAGACUCGAGAUGGAGAGAUCUUGGCUGUUCUCGGAGCUAGCGGCUCCGGGAAAUCAACUCUCAUCGAUGCAUUGGCGAAUCGGAUUGAUAAAGGAAGCUUGAAAGGAACGGUGAAGCUAAACGGAGAAGCUCUUCAAUCUCGGAUGCUCAAAGUUAUAUCGGCUUACGUGAUGCAAGAUGAUCUUCUCUUUCCUAUGCUCACCGUCGAAGAAACUCUAAUGUUCGCUGCUGACUUUCGUCUCCCGAGGAGUUUACCUAAAUCUAAGAAGAAGCUUCGUGUGCAAGCUUUGAUUGAUCAACUAGGGAUCAGGAACGCCGCUACAACGAUUAUCGGAGACGAAGCUCACCGUGGAAUCUCCGGUGGAGAAAGACGGCGUGUCUCGAUCGGAAUCGAUAUAAUCCACGACCCGAUUCUCCUCUUCCUCGAUGAACCUACGUCUGGUUUGGACUCGACGAGUGCGUUCAUGGUGGUUAAAGUGUUGAAGAGCAUUGCGCAGAGUGGCAGUAUCGUGAUUAUGUCGAUUCACCAGCCGAGUCACAGAGUCCUCGGUUUGCUAGACCGGUUAAUCUUCUUGUCUCGCGGCCACACCGUCUACAGCGGAUCUCCGGCGAGCCUUCCGCGUUUCUUCGCCGAGUUCGGCAAUCCGAUUCCGGAGAACGAGAACAAGACGGAAUUUUCUCUCGAUCUCAUCCGUGAGCUUGAAGGAUCCGACAGAGGAACACGAAGAUUAGUCGAGUUCAACAGAAAAUGGCAAGACAUGACUUCUCCUGCAUCAACCUACCCAAACCUAACCCUAAAAGAAGCCAUCGCCGCAAGUAUAAGCAGGGGAAAGCUAGUCUCCGGCGGAGAAUCCGCCGCAAUCCCACACAACGGAGGAGCCACCACCGCGACAACCCUGGCCGUCCCUGCAUUCGCAAACCCAAUCUGGAUCGAAAUCAUAACACUCUCAAAACGCUCAAUGCUCAACUCUAGCAGAAAACCAGAGCUCUUCGGAACCCGACUCGCCUCCGUGGUUAUCACCGGAUCCAUUCUAGCCACCGUGUUCUGGCGAUUAGACAACUCCCCAAAGGGAAUUCAAGAGCGGAUAGGGUUCAUCGCCUUCGCGACGGCAUCAAUGUUAUACACUUGCGCCGGAGAACUUCCAGUUUUCCUCCAGGAUCGUUUCAUCUUCAUGAGAGAAACAGCUUACAACACUUACCGGAGAUCAUCCUACGUUCUCUCUCACGCCAUCGUCUCUUUCCCGUCGCUCAUCUUCCUCUCCGUCGUCUUCACCGCGAUCACGUUUUGGUCCGUGGGCUUAGACGGAGGCCCAAUGGGGCUUUUGUUCUACUAUCUGGUCAUAUUGGCCUCAAUGUGGUGUGGAAGCUCUUUCAUCACGUUUCUAUCAGGAAUGGUUCCACAUCUGAUUCUCGGGUACACGAUCGCAGUCGCACUUUUAGCUUAUUUCUUGCUCUUCAGUGGAUUCUUCAUCAACAGAAACCGAAUCCCAGAUCAGUGGAUUUGGUUUCAUUACAUUUCUCUGUUGAAAUAUCCGUACGAAGCGGUUUUGCAGAGCGAGUUCUCUGAUGCGACCAAGUGUUUCGUGAGAGGCAUUCAGAUUUUCGACAACACGGCCUUAAGGGAACUGUCGGAAGAGAUGAAGGUGAGGAUGCUCGAUAUGGUGAGCGAGUCGCCCGGGACGACGAUAUCGAGCUCGGCGUGUUUGACCAUUGGUGCGGAUAUUCUGAAGCAGCAAGGAGUGACUCAGCUCAGCAAAUGGACUUGCUUGCUUAUCACGGUAGCUUCUGGGUUCUUUUUUAGGGUUUUGUUUUACUUCUCUUUGUUGUUUGGAAGCAAGAACAAGAGGAGUUGA